UAUAAUAAUAGAAAUCUCAAUUAAAUGUGUUUCUGACAAUAUGGAUGAAACCCGAACUACUUUGAAUAGAGUAACAUAUAUGCACUAUCCGCUCCCGACCCGACUCGACUCAUUGCCAUCCCUAAAGUUAAUUAGGGUACACCUACCACACUCACUUAACCUUGCAUAUAUUAUUUAUUAGUGCUCAUAAACUUAACAUAGUUUAUUAGAGUACAACUAAACUUAAAUAUGAACAACAAUUUGAUCCACACAGAGUUGAAUUGGAUAGAACCAUUUAUUAACACUCCAAUUGACCUAGUUCAUUUCAAUUUUGAUUCUCCUGUAUGAUUUUUUUAUAUCUUAUUAUAGUUAUAUUAAGUCUCAUAAAACUUUUAAAAAAAAUAGAUUAACUAUAUGAUUUAUUGUUGGAAACUCAUCCUUGUCCUCCCUUGUUCAGUUAUUAUUCAUAGGGAUCCCGUUAUUGGUAAUUAUUUGAUGCUCCAAUUAUAGUAGCCUUGGGUGGGCUUCGGAGGGACUUAUCAUUAUAUGGGCUUAUAUGGAAUUAGAAACCCCAAGGCCCGAAAUGAAGCCCAAAAACUGGAUUUACUGUUCAGAAGAGCUACUCUCUUCAAUUCAUUCAUCUGCGCCUGCCUGCCUCUUCUUCCAUCUCUUUCUGUCUAUUUGGCGGGAAGAGAAGGGAAAGAUCCUCCUUCUUCGUAUGGCAGGCUUGCUUAAUAAGUGGCGGUUGGUAAUCCAAUAUUUUGUUUCUGUCGUCUGAAAUUGGAGACUUUGUGGGGUUUUUCUUUUUUCCUUUCAGCUGCGAGGAGAUACCAAGCAGCAGAAUGGCUUCGACAGAUGGACGGAGGAGGUUGCUCCCUUCGCCAACACCCUUCCGAGGAAGAGUUCCGCCUUGCUCUCAGAAACGGUCUUAUCCUCUGCAACGUCCUCAACAAAGUCAACCCCGGCGCCGUCCACAAGGUGGUGGAGAGCCCAGUAAUGGCGGUGCAGUCCACGGAAGGACCCGCGCAAUCUGCAAUUCAGUACUUCGAGAAUAUGAGGAACUUCCUCGUUGCUGUUAAAAAGAUGGAGCUCCUGACUUUCGAAGCUUCUGAUUUGGAGAAGGGAGGCUCCUCAAGUAAGGUGGUAGAUUGCAUCCUUUGUCUGAAGGGAUACUAUGAAUGGAAGCUGGCUGGCGGAAUUGGGGUGUGGAGGUAUGGUGGGCUGGUCAAGAUCACUUCCUUCCCCAAGGAAUCACCAGCUUCAUUGAUGGGCAGUGAAAGUGCCGAUGAGUCAUUUGAUGAAUCUGAAUCUUCUCAGUUUGAUCAGUUGUUAGAAUUUCUCCAUUUUUCUAAUGAAGUCCCAGUUGAAGAAUCUACAACUGCCAAUGUUUUGGCAUUCCUUUUUGAUCAUUUUGGACUAGGGUUGCUGCAAGCUUACCUUAGGGACAGUAAUGGGAUUGAUGACUUCCCUUUGAAUGCAACGGUCAUAGAUACAUUGCUGAGCAAGGUGGUUAAGGAUUUCUCAGCAUUGCUUGUUUCUCAAGGCAUACAGCUUGGACUCUUCUUGAAAAAGAUAGUGAAGGGAGACAUUGGUUACAUGUCAAAGGAGGAAUUCGUUGAAGCCAUUUCACAGUAUAUAAGCCAUAGAAAGAAUUUGGUGUCUAGUGAUUUCUCCAAGUUUUGUACCUGCAAAGGCCAAAAACAGUUUCUUGGGCACACACGAACCUCUAGUGAAUCGUCUUAUCUCUCAGAGACAACCGAUCUUCACCAGAAAGAGCUUCACGAGUUGAGAUUGCAUUUCAAGCUGACAAGGCAAGAAGUUGUGCAAAUGCAAGCAGAUUGGAGGGAAGAACUAAGUCAGCUUGUGCUUCAUAUUAAGAGACUUGAAGUUGCAUCCUCUACAUACCACACUGUUCUGGAGGAAAACCGUGAGCUCUAUAAUCAAGUCCAGGAUCUAAAAGGCUCAAUACGAGUGUACUGUCGGGUCAGGCCAUUCCUACCGGGACAAACAAAUGUACAGUCCACAGUUGAUUACAUUGGAGAAAAUGGAAAUCUUAUGAUCGUUCAUCCUCACAAACCAGGAAAGGAUGCAAGGAAGGUGUUCAACUUUAACAAAGUGUUUGCUACAAGUUGCACACAAGAGCAAAUAUAUGGUGACACACAACCAUUGAUCAGGUCGGUACUAGAUGGCUAUAAUGUUUGCAUAUUUGCAUAUGGGCAAACUGGAUCAGGGAAGACUUAUACAAUGAGUGGUCCUGAUUUGAACACUGAAGAAACAUGGGGUGUAAACUAUCGUGCUCUUCGUGACCUAUUUCAAAUCACAAAGAAGAGGGCAGAUAUUAUUAAAUAUCAAGUUGGAGUUCAGAUGAUUGAAAUAUACAAUGAGCAAGUAAGAGAUCUACUGGUUUCCGAUGGCUCCAAUAGAAGAUUAGACAUCCGUAAUAACUCUCAACUGAAUGGACUAAAUGUACCUGAUGCAAGCUUAAUACGGGUAUCAAGCACUCAGGAUGUUCUCGAUCUAAUGAGAAUUGGUCAUAGAAAUCGUGCAGUUGGUGCCACUGCUCUAAAUGAAAGAAGCAGCCGUUCUCAUAGUAUUUUGACAGUUCAUGUCUAUGGAAAAGAGUUGAUAUCUGGUUCCAUACUUAAAGGCUGCCUGCAUCUAGUAGAUUUGGCUGGCAGUGAGCGUGUGGAUAAAUCUGAAGCUGUUGGUGAAAGGUUAAAAGAAGCUCAACACAUCAAUCGAUCUCUCUCAGCCCUUGGAGAUGUCAUCUAUGCUUUGGCACAGAAGAGUCAGCAUGUUCCCUAUAGAAACAGCAAGCUAACACAAGUUCUACAAGAUUCUUUAGGUGGGCACGCAAAAACAUUAAUGUUUGUCCAUAUAAAUCCUGACGUCAAUGCUAUUGGGGAGACAAUCAGCACUCUAAAGUUUGCAGAAAGAGUUGCUUCUAUAGAAUUGGGAGCAGCUAAAGCAAACAAAGAAACUGGUGAAAUCCGGGAUCUCAAAGAAGAGAUAUCAAGCUUGAAACAUAAUUUGGAGAAAAAGGAAGCUGAACUUGAACAGCUGAAAAGUGGAACUUCUGGUAGAAACACAACAGAGGUACAAAGAGAAAGGGCUGUUUCUCCUUACUAUUUGCCAAAGCAUGGUACAAACUCCAACUUGAAAUCUGAAAUCGUUCAACGGGGAAAUGCAAAUGAUGAAGCAAUUCAGAGUCGAAGUUGCUCUUCUGGAAAACAAAGGAGGUCUAGAUUUCCAUUAGCUUUCACAGAUAAGGAAACUCUGCCAAAGCGUCCAUUGGACCAGAGGUCAGGAAGUUUCACAAAGCAAAGGUCACCUUCUCCUCCUGUUAGGAGAUCAAUCUCGACAGACAGAGGAGCCAUGAUCAGGAACAUGACCAAACCCGAGACAGUUGAUAUUAAUACCUCAGUUGGAAGAGCCCCUUUUCCCGGUAGAGCUGGUGCUGUCAAAUGUGUUGCACCAAUGGAGAACAAGUCAAAUGCAACCAGCAUAGGGUUCCAGGAAGCAGUGAAGCAGGAUAGUAUAGCUAGUGCAUUCUAUAACUUCCAGAGGAAUAAUAUCACUGCAAGGAAGCAAUUCCCAGAACAAGAGGAAGAACAAUUCAAACAGGCUCUUAACAUAAGACAAGGUGGUAUUCGAAAAUCCAAGAACGAGGUUAAGGUUAAAUCGAAACAGAUUAUUCCUGCAAGGCCGCCAAAAUUUGAAAUGGGUAUGAAUAUGAUGAUGCUGCCUGAAAUGGGUGCCGGCGAUAAGCAAGACGAGCCACGCAGAAGUGACUUCUCAGAGCCUGAAAAUGAGCUGAUAAUGGCUGGCUCUCCAUUGCUUGGCUCUUUGAAUGUAAAGAAGCUGCAAAGGAACUUGUCCAGGAACUCUCACAAUCUUGAAGCAAGAGGAUCUCGGAAUGCAAAAGAAGGUGCGAAUGCUGCAAGUUCACCAGCUGUAAUGCCAGAGUUGAGGAGGAGUCAUUCUACUCCUCGCGGAAAGUUCAUUUUGUCUUGAGGGUCCAUCAACAAAACACUGGUAUUUGUAUGAAUACGAAUAUGAUACAAAGAGCAACAUUUGAACAAAGUGCUAUAGAAAUAUUAUGUAUAGGAUACUGCUGUUGUUUUGAGUUGUGGUUUGGACUUUGAGUGAGACCAAUUCAUUUUGACAUUGUAAUACUAGUACUCUCACAUGUCAUGCAUAUGAAGAGUGGAUUUAAUGAUGAAACAUGAGAAGCGUUUCAUGGUUUUGUUUGAUGGUUUGGAAGAGUUGCAGUAAAUAAUUUAAUUACAGCAAGCAUGGAACACUAUCAGUUAGGAGGAAUUUAAUCACAGCAAGCAUCAUCAAUCAAUCAAACAAUAACAAUAACUAUAUGGAGGUUCUCCUCCAUCACCCCCUCAAUCCAUUUUUUGCUGACUUUUGCACAAGUCACGGAAGGACUGUUUGGUCUUUCCAAUAAUUCAGAUGGGCCUCUUAGCCCACUACCGAGUUCCAACUUCCAACCAGGCGGCACUGCGGUAGAUCAAGAGUGUAAUUACUCUAUCUCUAUGUGUUCUCACCGGAAUUAAUCAUGGGAACCUCUCUUGCAUAGUUUUUUUUUUUUAAAGAGAAACCUCUCUUGCAUAGUUGUCGUUAAGUAUAACCAAAACCGUGCACCUGACUUGAUCUCUGAAUGACAUCCAUGGCGUUUAAAUUUUGGGUUUUUCUAUUACAAGUUAUAAUGCCUGUGUUUGGCCCGACUUUUAGAAGUGUUUUUCGGCUUCGAAAGAUGAAGCAGAGUCAAACACCUCUAAAAUCUCGGCUUUUGAAAAGCCGAAAAGCGCUUUUGUAUAACAUAAAAGUAGAAGCUCCGAUUUUGAGCUUCUGCGAAAAGCUGUUUUGAAAAUACAAGAUCAUCCUUACCAUAUUUUAAUUUUAUUUCAGAAAAUAUAAUUUCCCUUCAUUUAUAUCAUUUUAAAAAUAAAAUAAAUUAUAAAAUCAUAUUAUUUAAUAUAAAAAAAAUCUAACAAGAUCCAUUUUUACUACUUUUUAUUGUUUAGAAUUUUUAUUCAUAUUUUAUGUUAUAAGUCCUUUAUAGCCAUUUUACACAAACUCUCAUAUUAAUUCUCAUAAAAAAAACUCUCAUAUUAAAAAGUACUUCUAAUAGUUUUACAGUCAAACACUCAACAGCUUUUUUUUUUGAAAAGUACUAAUCUAAAAGCACUAGGCAAUAGCUCUAACAUCAAAACUCAAGCGGUGGAAGAUUAACUAUAUCAGUGUUAGUGUUAUGUUUUAUUAUCAAUGGUUAUACCAUUGAGUAAUAAAGCCGCACUUUCCAGGUCCAUUAGGAAACUCGAUCUUAGGUAUGGGAAACCAUCAUCAGCUAUUUAUUUUAUAUUGUUUAGACCAAAUUUUAUUGCCUACUACAUUUUUUUAGUUCUCUACUCCGAAUAAAUAUUUUCUGAGAAU